CUGGGGAGAGGGCCAGUCGCGGAGAUCACGAUGGGCGUCCAGAGCCUCCUCCAUGUCGCGCUGCUCAAGAUGCUCGUGCACUCGCUGCGCUAUGGCCACGUCGAGGGCGUGCGCUUGGCCAUCGAGAAGGGCGUCAACCUCAAGCACAUUGACAAGCGUGGGCGCAACCUGCUCAUGCUGGCCAUCAAGCAGGACACGGACACGCGCCUGCGCAUCUCGGUGAUCCUCGCCGACGCCGGCUGCGAUAUCAACCACACCGACGCCCGCGGCUGGAGCUGCUUGCACUACGCGUGCGCCGGCGGCGCGAUCGACGUCGUCCACGAACUGCUCCGCCGAGGCGCCAACGUCGAGUACAACAUCUUUGGCUUUGGCGCUUCCGACCUCUCGUUCCCGCGGGUCCAAAAGGCGCGGAGUCUGCUCCAGCACACGGAGAUGCUGUCGCACGAGUCGGCGGUCCGCGUCUGCUGGGGCAUCGUCGAGAAGCACAUGGCCGACCGUGGCUAUGCGCUCGAGAUCCCAGCGCCGACGCACGAGUUCAAGCAACCGCUCAAGGUCAUGUUCCAUGCGCCAUCGGACCACAGCCAUUUGGACCGGAUCCGCAUUGUCGACUUGCAGUCGUCCGUGCCUGUCUGGGAGCAGAUGUCGCGCACGAUCCCCGUGCCGCCAGGUCACGUCGGUUGCAUCACUCUCGACGCUGAAGUGCUCGACGUGCCAUCCAUGUACCGCAUCUACUACGAGCAGUACCGCCCGACGCCAGUGGCCUUGUCGGCGGCGGCAAUGCGUGCGCUCGAAGACACGCUGUGCGUCAAGGACCUCGACUCUGGCCAAACGGUGUCAGUCAAGAGUGUCAACGACCUCGUGUUGCGUCAGCGUGGCAACAACCAAACCGUCUCCGACAACCAAGACCCGACCGAGGACUCGGGUGCGCUCGAGCUAGGCACCCUCGAGUCGUGUUCGUCGACGAGCGACGACUGGGAAACGAGCUCGGCCACGAGCGAGGUCGUGCCACCGGCGGUGGUCGCGGCCUCGGGCGUCCACCGCUUUGCCGCAAUGGCCACCGUGAGCCUCGUCCGGCUCGAGGCGCCAAAACCCCAGCGAAAGACCGAGUCGCUCUAUGACAUUGUUGUGACGACGCCGGGCCUAAUUGGCUUGUCGCUGGAAGGCAUCGCUGACGCCAAGGGCCAGCGCGUCAAGAUCGUCGUCGUCGCGCUCUCGCCGGCGUUCCAGUCGGCGUUUCCAGGCGUCAACGUCGGCGACUGCCUCGUCGGCAUCAACCACCACACACACGUCGAGUACGCUGGCAUGCAGCAUACGCUUUGGGCCCUCGCCGACGCGACGCGCCCGCUCACGCUUCGUUUUCGCCAAGAGUCCAAGGACCGACCCCGGAUGUUUCGAAGUCUCAUGCGGAAACGCUCCUCCGUGUCGUCCGUCUAA